UGAAAAUCAUAGCAAGGGAUUCAACACACCAGGGCAGCACUUGGCAUUCAGUUAGGUAAAGGCCCUCGCUUUCGGCCGGCGAGCACCGGUUGUCAUCUAUCAUGCUUGAUAACAGCAUCUCAAAGCCUUUUGGGUUUGCUUUCAUCAUCACAGCUCAUAUGAUACUGAAUGGCCCUAGCCAAGCACAGCCAGAUCAGAUCACUGGAGCUGUCGGCGGCAACGUCAACCUUAGCUUCAAAUUUAACAAAAUCCCCAACACAUUCAACUGCCGUCUGGCACUUUACAGAGAUGAUAACCUAAAGAUUAGUCAGUGUCACUGCAACAUAACCUGCUCGAAAAAUCUCUCUUGUGUCUUCAACAAAGAGACCAAAUCUGCAUUUUACUGCAUUUAUAAUCUCACACCAAAGCAUACUGGAAUUUACUGGGUUACUUUGUUCAACCAAGGAAAAAUACUGAAUAGUACUAACAAAUCCUUACUUGUUCGAGAGGAUGACACAAGCAGCACAGUUCCUCCAUCACCAACUACAAACACAGUGACUGAAGCUGAUGUAGAUCCUUCUCAAACUGCUUCCCAUCCCUUCGUUCCCUUCUUCUUCUUUGUCCUGGGGGUUUUAGCUGCAACGCUGUUGACUGGCGUGCUUGCCCUGGUCAUCUGGAGCCACAGAAGGACCAAAGAGCAGCAACAAGACCCUAUACCCAGAAUGCAGGAGACAGUGGGGGCGACCAACCCUGCACUAGUGUACAGUGUCCUGGAUUUCCCUAAAAGACACCAGGAGGGAGUGGAGGUUCAGCUUACAGAUACAGAGUACGCCACCAUCAGCUAUCAAGUGUCAAGUGGAACGCACUAAAUGGCCUUCAACAUGGAACCCCCAUCCCUGGGCUGGUUGCAAGAUGAACUAUGGAGUCUAUUAAAAAUAAAUAAAUAAAUCAAAGAAUGGGGUGAUAAAUUACCUGGUCCUGUGAAAUGAUCAAAUUUAGCCUGCAGGUCUCUUGCAAUAAUUAACCAAUGAAACCAGGGAAAAUAGAAAUAUGAUUUUGAUGUCCCAAUUAAUGGUUCUACAUAUUAAAGAGGAUCUCAACACUAAAUCACAUAAAGCAGAAAACGUUGGCCACACUGCCCUCUAGGGUUUGAAACUUUGAGACAUGUUGCACUUGUGGCCACACCAGGGGUGGACUGUCCAUCGGCCCACCGGUCCCGCCUGCAUAA